ACAGCCCCUCCACACCAAUAGCCCGGCAGGGGGACAUGAGUAAUACAUGGCUGGUUCAGAGGGAGUGAGAUCAAAAGCGAGUAGAUACAAGGGGUUUGUGCUUCACCGACCAGACAGCCAGAGGCUCAAUGAGACCUUUGUUACCCAGGCCCAAGUCAGGGUUGAAGGAAUACCUGACCUCUCCACCGCCCGGUGGCCCCCACCGCCACCCGGCUGGGGGAGGGGCGGCAGGCCUGCCCCAGUGAGUCAAGUUAAGCUGGGCACAGCUCAGCCUGGGCUGGUGGGCGGGAAGAGGGAGGAGGCCUGCCCUCGCUGGGCGUGGAGCUUCUAGGGCUAAGUGGAGGAGUGAGUGGCUGCCUGGAAGGCAGGAAGUGGCUCUGCGGGAACUGUGAGGGAGCCUGCGAGGGAGAUGUCGAGGGAGAGGGGGCUUCCCUGGGCCGACCAGAUUUUCUCUGGUGAGCAACCCCCAGCCCGGCCUAGGGCAUGCCCCAGUUCACUUUCGCCUGCUUCUGUGGCCUCCACGGCUUCUGCAAGAUGAAGAGGAAGAAGGAGGAAGUUCACAGAGAGCGGGAAACGGCGGUGUGAGCAGAACCAGGGCCCCUUCCUCAGCCCCCGGCAGGCUCUAGGCCUGAGGGUGCCCACUUCUGGCUGAGGCUUGGCGCAGGAAGUCUCCAUCCGCCGCUCCUCUUCUCAGCUUGGCCUGACUCCAUCUAACUAACCUGAGGGCAUCAGCCUCCUGUGUGCCUCGGCCUCCUCCUGCCUGCCCAUGAGCUUCCCAUCCCAAGACCUCCCUGGAGAGAGGCCCCAGCCACAGCAGGGGAAGCCCGGGACCUGCCGUUUACCUCCUAGAGACCGAGAAGCCCCGGGGAGGCCCCGGGAGUGAAACUUCUUUCCUGCCCAAGUUCUCCAGGGACUCUGCUCAGGGCAACUCCUCCCCUGAGGGCCUGCGGCCUUGGGCUAGGAACCUGGCUGCUCUGCCAGAGACACUCCCUACAGCCCUGCCCCUGUGGGAGGCCUCAGGCAGGCUGGGCGGAGUUGUGAGACAAGCCCCCUGCAAGCUCACGAUGGAGCCUCUCCUGGGACCGCAGGACCUGCGGCAGGAGCCUCUGCAGAGCAGCGCCCACAGGAGUGUGCCCGGGAGAGAUGAGUCCUUUCCUGUCCUCUCCCAGCACCCUCCUGGGCCAGGUGGAGUGAGGCCUGAGGGGGCAGCCUGGUUGUGAGGAGGAUGGUAAAGUGGGGACACUGAGGCAGGGCAGACAUCCUCCGCCUUAGCUCGGGCAGGCGGCUGGCUCUGUCUCCCUCUCUCCCACAUACCAGAAAGCGGCCUUCCCUCCAGCCCUGGCCUCUCUGACCCCUUCACUUCCACCGUGCCUCCCUGGCAGCAGCACAGAUGUGGGGGGCCUGUCCCCAGGCCCUGACUCCCUCCUCAGGGACGUCUUCCAGCGCCAGAUGAGGGAGCCCGCUCCCGGGCUGAGCCGUGCCCUCGCCACUCUCCUGCAGAUCUGCCUCUUCCCUCUCUUCUCAGAAGCCAUAGAGGGGAGAUGUGGUGCAUGUGGUGCCUUCACGGGAAACUCUGCGGGGAGGGGCCCUCUAGGACUUUCCUUAACUUUUUCCCUAAUCUCCCCACCUCCAUCAAACUUUGGGGUCAGUUUCUGCCCCCACUCCCAGCUUAUUUCCAGGAGGUGGGAAGCAAACGAAAAACCAUUUCAUUCCUUCUUUCCUUCCUUCCUCCCUCCCUGCCCCCGCUUUGAUAUAACUUAGCCUCUGUCACUUUUUCUGGACCUUUCAGGUGCUAGAGGGUCAUGCGACAGCAAUGCCAGCGACAGAGACACUAGGCAGCUUCUGUGGCUUUGGCAAGUCUGCCUCUGCUUCAUCACAGGAACGGUUCCGCACAGGAACAAAGUCAGAUCCCCUCUACAUCCAGGGACAGAAUAACCUUUCUGACAGAUGAUGGUGACCUGGGUAGAGGAGGUCAGGGCCCCAGGACAGAAGGAGGGGCUGUGUACCACUUUCCUUGGAAUGUGGGCCUCUCUGGGCAGGUAGGGAGGGCAGGAGGCCUCCUCUGCCGGUUUGUCCAGAACCUGGGAGAAGCAAGGGUACAUUCUAUCCUGGCAGCCUUUGCCUGUCUGGCUCACACCCCAUGCUCAGGGGCAUUUCCUGGGCUUUUGGUAGAUUUGCUGGGAUCCAGGUCUUCUUGGUGAGGGCAGAGCACAGCUCAAGAUUUCUCUUCUCCCAUCCUCCAACCCCUUCCUUUGCCCCUACUGCCCAGCCUCAGCCUUCUACAAUCUGUUAUUUCCUUUUAUAUCCAAAGAAUUAUAAACAGAAGUCCUUCCCUCAAGGAAACAGCAAUAAAGGGCAGUGGGGUCACAAGGGACAGAAGAAAAACUCCCUGGUUCUUCAGCCUUUGGACAGCAGAGGCCUUGGGUGAGGCAAAGAGAUGGGCAGAAAAGCUUUCAAGGGUAACUUGAUACAGAGGCCGGAGAGCCCGCCUCGAGGGCACGCAUGUCCCUAGCGGUGGCCUGCGAGGCCGCAGCCCUAGAGAAGUCACUGCUGUGGUGGAGGAUGAAAUUGUAUCCCCGGAGACUCAGAGGUAUUGGGUGUUAUGUCCUGACCACACGGGCUCCCUGGAGGAAAGGUCAGAAGAGUGGAGAACGUAUGCGGGAUAUUGUGGCAAACGAGAGCUUUCCCCUGCACGCCUCAGGCCUUGGCAGGAUAUCAGCUGCCGGGGUUUGGCAGUGAGCACGUUCAGAGCACUCCUUCCCCCUAGACAACGCCCUUGGCUCCCAAGGGAUCCUGGAUAUCUUGAGCCCUUGCUGUGAGAACAUGGGAGAGGUCCCGAUGUCAAGGUAUUUCUGAGUGGAGGCCCAGCUGGUGCCUGCGGACAGCUGUCCUUGGCCUCCAAGCCAAUGGGCCCUUCAUCCAGGGCGAAGGUCGGGGCCAACACUGCGGCUGAAAUGGCCAGAGUAGGAGGCAGCAGCGGCUUUGAGCCAGACACAUCCUACAUUCUGUUGUCCCUCAGUUUCCUUCUCAGGAACAUGGGGACUUUGCUCCUCUCAGCGCCCCAAAAGGCAGUCUGAAGACUUGUUCCCACCUCUGCUCCUGGGUGAGCCCAGGGAGAGGUUUAACACGAAAAGGCAGAAGCAGCCCCAAGUCCACAGCUCAUGCACCCCAGAUCUCGGACGUCCAGUCCAGGCUUCUCUUCCUCCUGUUUCUUUGGGGUGGUGGGGGGUCAGGCCCCCUUGUUUCCUGCCUUGCCCUGAGUCUCACUCCUUCCCAGAGGUUGGGUUGGAUAAUUUUGCCCUCCCCAUUUCUAAUACCCUUCACUCCAUGGUUCUCUCCCAGACUCCACCUUGAGGUGGGGCAGGGGGCCGUGAGUAGACGAUCCUGAGAAGGGGUUUGGGCCUCUCAUUCUUGCUGCAUAACACUGAGUCCUCCUUGUAGAAGGGUAGGAGGCCUUAGCCUCCCCAGGCCUCAGUUUCCCCAUCUAUAAAAGGGCCCAUCACCCCUCUUGUGCUGGGGGCUGUUUCAGUGGGGGAUGAUGAGACAUGAAGGUGCUCUUGUGACUUGAGUACUAUCUGGGACCCUGGCCCAGGGGACCCUGAGGGGCUUCUUGUCUAAGGGUGAAGUCUUGUUUAUUAGAAUGUCAUUUCCUUCUCCAUUCCCAGGGAAGGGCUUUUUGAAUGUAGCAUAUGGGUCAAUAGAAAUGUAAAGGGAGCUUGUUAUUUUUGGGGGGGAAAAAAAGAGCAAUAAUUUAACUAACUGAAAUUUUCAAGGUAGCAUAGUGGGGUGCAAAGAGCACUGAGCUGGGAACCAGGUCUCCUGGGUUCUAGCCCUGCUUGGACACUGAGGACGGUGUGACCUUAGGCUAAUCAUGUCCUACGUGUGAGACUCAGUUUCCUCAGCUAUAAAGAGAGGAUUGCACUAAUGUCCUCUAAGUCCCCUCAGAGUCAGGGCUCCGUGGUCCGAGAAGUUGAGCCUCAGUGGAGCUCAGGGCCACGGAACCAGAAGGGUGGCAGGUUUCCUGUGCCCCCGCUGCUGUGCUCCGUGCAUGCAGCAAAUGUGUGGGAGUGACACGGGAGAUCUAAUAAAUGGUGGGGAGGUGAGAGGGAAAGCCAGGCACCCAGAGCUUCUGCUAGAAUCCUCCCCCCGUGCUCCUGCCCAGGGAGCCAGGAGGCCCUGCAGUUCUGCCUUCCCUCCUUCCUACAGCCAGGCCCAAGGGGAAUGAGUCUCCAAGCUAUCACAGGUGCCACUGUUGUGUAUGCUCUCUCUUACACACACACACACACACACCAUUCCUUGCAAAUGAGAGUUCAAGGACCAGCUCCUGCCCCAGUUAUGUAACCCACCGGCUUCCCUUUGCACAGCUGCUGGUGAGCCCAUCUCCAAGCUGACUGACCCACUCCACCUCAUUACCUUGCCUUCUGCGAGGGGAAGUGCCUCAGGCUGCAAUCUGCUCUGCCUACAGACUGAAUGUGCAUUUUGCCCAGUGGUCUGGGGUGUGCUAGUGGUGGGAUGAGCUGAUGGCCGGCCUUGGAUGGAGAGCAGCAGCCCCCAGUUUCCCAGCGCUCUGCCAUGGCUGACUCCUGACCUCAGCAACUUGCUUCCUCUCUCCCAGCCUCUGUAAGAGGACAAGACGCAUUUUUUCCCUACCUCACAAGAAGGCAUGCAUCGCAAGGGCAUGUUGUAUCAGAUGUGGCUUGAACUUUUGGAGACAGACACUCAGUUCACAACCAUGAAGAUGGGCUUUCACCAGAGAAGGAAGUCUCUGGCUGCUGUGUGUGGUGGGCUUCUUGCUGGCUGGUCCAGAAAGCCUGGUGUCCAACCUGAAGGUGGCUGCUGUGUCCAGCAUGUGAUGUGGCUAACACCACCACCAGAACCAAGAACCAGCAUCUGUUCCCAAAGAAUGAAUGCUCCAUGCCCCCGACACAGAAGCCAGAGCGAGAGAGAGCCAUCACCACCGUCACUCUGCUCCCCAUACCAACCGCUUCCCAAGGUCAUGUCACUACACAAUCUAGGAGCAGGGCAUCUGGCCAGUGAGCCCUCCACCCCAGGCCGUACCCUCAGGUCGGUGCCUACUGUAUCGGGUGGUUGUGGCCAGUCCCGCCUGGGCUCCCUUCUCUAAAUUCUUGUGGGAUCAGAACCACACACCAUGAAGAAGAAACAGGAACCUUGGCUAUUCACAGGGGAGCCCAGGAGGUCAGGACCAUCCACUAGGAGGGGGAGGUGUGCGGGUAAUCCAGGGCAUCUUUGGAGGAGCUGGUUGUACAGAGGAAGACGUUCCAAAAGCCAGGAGCCCCCAGAAUUGGGCAGCUCAGGCUCCAGCAGGAACCCCAGGCUGUGGAGUUCAAGAGUUUCCUAGCGGGCUGCUGGUCUGUCUCCCUUCCCUUGGGCAGCCUUUCCUCCUCCCUCAGCUCAUGCCUGUGUUCCAUCCGAGGAAGGCUGGAGGGGGAGAUGGCAGGACCCCGACGAGAUCCUCAGGACUCUCCCAGCCUUCGUUGCCAUGGCAACGCUGCUAUUUUUAUCCUGUUGUUCAUGAUGCUCAAAGCUCUGACUUUCUCUGUUCCAGAGAGGCCAGGCUGGCUUCUGCCUUCAUCCCUCAAUGCAGCGCCUUCUCCCAGAGGCCUGAGAAGAGAAAAGUGAUGGAGGAAAGGGGAAUCCACUGGGUCCCCCCUCAACCAAGGGAACUGUUUGACAGCGGUUUGCCCCUGCACUUUUUUUUUAAUAUAAUUUUAUUUAUUUAUUUUUUUCCCCCAAAGCCCCAGUAGAUAGCUGCAUGCCAUAGCUGCACAUCCUUCUAGUUGCUGUAUGUGGGACUCGGCCUCAGCAUGGCCGGAGAAGCGGUGCAGCCGUGCGCGCCCGGGAUCCGAACCCGGGCCGCCAGCAGCGGAGCACGCGCACCCAACCGCUAAGCCACGGGGCCGGCCCGCCCGUGCACUUUUGAGCCUUUGGUUUUCUAGCUGGCUUAGGCACUCAGUUUCACUUUUUUUUUUUCUUUUUUUUGAGGAAGAUCAGCCCUGAGCUAACAUCUGCCAAUCCUCCUCUUUUUUUUUUGCUGAGGAAAACUGGCCCUGGGCUAACAUCCAUGCGCAUCUUCCUCCACUUUAUAUGGGACGCCACCACAGCAUGGCUUGCCAAGCGGUGCGCCGGUGCAUGCCCAGGAUCUGAACCGGCGAACCCCUGGCCGCUGCAGCGGAGAGUGUGCACUUAACCGCUUGCGCCACCUGGCCGGCCCCUUGGUCUCCUUGAGAGGCUGCUCCAGAGAAAAAAGAAAGAGCUGCCGCUGGAGACCAGUUCUUCCCACACAGCUAUGAUCUGAGGGGCUGCUGUCCUUGGGAAAAGCAGACCUGGUCCUGAAGCAUGUUUUGGUGGCACCAGCCAACUACUGGCCCCUUGAAAGGGGAUGAAGAGCUACGUUUGGUUAAUUAGCAAUCAGAUACACUUAGCAUCACUAGGGAAUCUAAACUAGUACUUCCCUUUCCUCUGCUCCUCCAGCAGAGAACUGGGGGAAAUUGGGCUUCAGAUCUUUGUCCAGUCUUGACACCCAAAGCAAGUUAGCAUAUAUUCUCCAGGCUUGAAAGCAGACUCCAGGGUUCUUCUCCUUCCCUCCCCAACAAACAGCCGUGUUUCCUUCCAGGGGCUUGAGAUCUUAAAUUUUGAUGACAUUCUUGAAGGCAGUAAAGGUUUAAUGGAAGGAUAUCUUAGAGCUGUUCAUUCUCUGUCCCUUCUCCUCGGCCAAGCCUCUGGUCCUCCCUGUGUCUCCACCUCCACCCCAGUGGCAAGGUGCCCCUGAGAGUCAGUGGUGCUAAUGUUCCCCACCUGUACGUUCUGAUGGUCAGCGAGAUUAGAAUCCAGCAGCUGGGGUGGUUGGGUGGGGGGAGCAUUUCAUGCACGUCGUCAAGACCAUAAUCCUGGAGAUAGGUCUAGGUCUUAACCUAGUAAAGUAGCAAUCAGAGUGUGUUGGACUUCUGCACUGAGGUUCCACCUCAGCUCAACUGACUCCUGGAUGGGUAAUUUUUCUAAGGAAGCUGGGACCCAUUUACUAAGCCUCUAAUUGGUUUUAGUUUGGCUCAAGUUGCAUGGUUUCCGGAAUCUAUGCACCUGGAGUAAGCACUUUUCUGGUUGCCUCUGAAAAGCAUGCCGGCAAACGCUGCUCUGUUAAUUGCUGUAAUAAACAGACGUUAUUAUAUCCCUUUGCAGUAAAUGAAUUAUGUUGUCAGGGUAGAUGGGGCAUCCGUGUUUAUUUCGCACUAUGAUACACUGCAGCAGCAGAAGCUAAAAAUGUAUUUCCACCAACU